AGUAGUAGCAUGGGGCUUAAAUUGAGCUUACUGAGCCAAGUAACUGUAGUGAUCACAGCAGACCUUUUACUUCCACUAACUUUUUUGUUUCUCUCUUACCUCCUCUAUCAGCAUUUCCCCUAGUCUUACCUUAGUUAAUGUUGGAUUUCUAAUGAAAAUACUACACCUUUAAAAGCAGCUAGAGGCUAUCGCUCACAGCCUGGCUUUGUGUCUAUCAGGUUUUUCCUUUUUUUUUUUUUUUCUUACCUGAUCAAUCUGCCUCAUCAUUUGGAUCGUCUGGCGACUCUGGCUGUGCAGCUGCUUGCUUGCUCUUAGAAGGAGCCCUGAGGACUUAUAUUCAGAAGGAGCUUAGUUGAAUGAAAGACGAGACCAUCACCAUGCUGCGAGAAGCUGUUUCCAGCGUUGCAAAAUUCCACAGCUAUCUCCUGUCGAGAACUGAUGCCAGAGUCAGAGACUACCCGCUGAUGCAGGGUCCGGUGCAAAUGACCACCAUCCUGUUGGCCUACGUCGCCUUUGCAGUAUACUUUGGACCUCGGUUGAUGGCAAACCGGAAACCUCUCAACCUCAGUCGAACCAUGGUUAUCUAUAACCUCUGCAUGGUUCUACUCAACGCCUACAUAGUGUACGAGUUCUUGAUGUCUGGAUGGGGUACCACCUACACGUGGAGAUGUGACCUUAUUGACCCCACCACCAGCCCGCAGGCUCUCAGGAUGGUUCGAGUGGCUUGGCUGUUUUAUAUCUCAAAAUACAUCGAACUCCUUGACACGGUAUUCUUUGUGCUGAGAAAGAAGCAAAGUCAGAUCACAUUUCUUCAUGUUUUCCAUCAUUCCUUCAUGCCCUGGACAUGGUGGUGGGGUGUCACCCUGACACCUGAUGGAGGAAUGGGCUCCUUCCAUGCCAUGGUGAAUGCAGGAGUACAUGUCAUCAUGUACUUCUACUACGGCCUUUCUGCUGCGGGGCCUCGCUUCCACAAGUACCUGUGGUGGAAGAAGUACAUGACUGCCAUCCAACUUACGCAGUUUAUCCUGGUCUCCGUUCACAUCAGCCAGUACUACUUCAUGGAAAAGUGUGACUAUCAGGUUCCGAUGUGGAUCCAUCUUAUCUGGAUGUAUGGAAUGUUCUUCUUCCUCCUCUUCUCCCACUUUUGGGUGCAGGCCUACAUGAAUGGCAACCGACUUCCCGUCAGAGCCCACAAACCAAAACAAAAUGGCUUGACAAGUGACUCCGUCUCUGUGGUGGCCAAUGGUAAACACCAAGCGAAUGGGCACGCUCUCCAUCAUGCAAAUGGGAAAGAGAGUAUGGGAAAAGUGAAGGAAAUCUAGUGUUGGUAAUGAGCCAUAAACCUUUCUUGAUCAUGCCCCUUAAUUCUUCAUAUCUUGUGUAUUUGAGUGGAAGUUAAAAUGUAACUUGUGACACCAUUUGGAUGUAAAUCUAGUCUUCUGUCAAACAGUCACACCACGGGGAUAUUAGCAAACUGGUUUGCCACUGAUCUGUGUACAACACAAGGAUUUGCAGAAACUGAACACUGAAAUUUGCUCAUUUUUUUUCACUGAUAGCAUUCCUAAACUCAGGUGUGCCCUGCUGCACUGUGGUUUUGGUGCUUGGGAGCACUGUUCACAGAAAAUGAGUACAUGUAAAUAAAGGCUAAACUAUUAAAAGAAAA